AUGAGAACCCACUCCCUAUGUAGAGGGUUCAGACAGCUCAGACAACAACAGUACAGUGCAGCAAGCCCCCCUGCCCCCCCUCAAGAAGCUCGAUCCAGAAAGCCGCUGGAUCCAGAGGUGAUCACAGGAGGCCAGAACUUCAGCACCUUUGCAGAGUUUCUGGGGGCUGUUCCAGUGGAGCAGCACAGGGAGGAGGAAGUGUCUGUGGUGUCUGAUGAUGUGAAGGCCGAGGCCAUGGAAAACCUGAAGACGCUGGUUCGCAAUAAAAGGAACGUCCCUGUCCUCGCUGUGCCCCAGUUCAAACGCGUACCGGACUUCUGGGGAUGGUACAAGUACUUCAUGGACAGCCACAACCAGGAGGGAGUUGAGGAUCUGGAUCGCCUGUACAUGGCCUACCUGCAGAACAAGCACAGGUCAGAGGAGGGCCCAACCUUCAACCACUACCUCAAGCACCUCAGUGAAAUCUACAAAACUUGUGCUGAUUCUGAUGACCCAGAGUGCAUCUCUGAGUCCACCAGCAAGCCAAAGGCUGCAGUGGUGAUGCCCGCCCCCAUCAAGUCUGCUGCCGUCAGGCUGUGCAACCCUUACCUCGACCCCUACUGCCUCUACCCCCUUGGCCCCAAGGCUGCUGCCCCCGAGCCUGAGCCAGCUCCAGCUCCAGUCAAGGUGCCGGCCCCCAUCCUCACCCCCAUGCUGCCCAUGCCCCUGAAGAGCCCCACUGGCUUCUACUACUACGCCCCUGUCCUGGAGCCCUUCCUGAGUGGUGCGCAGAGGUCUGAGCUGCUGAGGAUCUGCAAUCCUGAAGAUGUGGAGUGUCUGCAGUAUCACUUGCGGGCAGCUUAUGGCUACCGCCCAGCUGUUGGCCCAGCCCCAUCCUAUGCCGCCCUCAACUGUGACCCCAAAGACCCCUACUGCAGGCCCCCCCUGGUUCACAAAGCCCCCACCGGUUUCUACCACCUGCUCUACCCCACCUGUGACCCAGCAGUCGAUCCUCUGUGUGUGACCAGUGUCGCUGCUCCUGCCCCCCAGGCUGCAGAGGAGGCCCCUAAAGAGCAGCACUGCAACCCUCUCUUUGACGCCGGCUGCAAUCCCCUGACCGCCACCAAGCUGUCUGGCCUCACCAAGCCUGUGCUGGAGUACGCCCCCAAGGACGAGCCCGCACCACCUGCUGCUCCUCUGACCUGCGACCCUCGCUAUGACCCGUUCUGCAUACUGGCAGCCGCCGCUGCCCUUCGCAAGCCUGCUCCACUGAUGCCCGAGCACCAGGUCCGCUACAGGCUUGGCAUCCGCGGCAAGACCAAGGAGGGCUACGACUGCUAUGUGCACUAUGACAAAGACUGCACCCCGGUGAAGUCUGGCUAUGAGGCCAAGGCUGACAUCAAGGCUCCAGCCAAGCCCUUCUGCCAUCCCUUUGACCCCAACUGCGGCAAGUUUGCUUCACCCUCCAACCUCAAGGCCCCUGGGCCCGACAAGGAUGGCAUAAUCCUGCCCGACCCCAACUGUGACCCUGAGUACGACUACAACUGCCGCCUGCGUCGCGCCGAGCCCGCCGCUGUUGCUGAUGAGCCUGCUGCUGCCAAGGAGGAGGCUGCUGACGAGCCCGCCAAAGAAGCCGCUGCCCCACGCUUUGAAGACUUCCUCAGGGGCGUCAUGAGCCAGCACAAAUAGGUUUCGCAAAUAACAGAAUCAACACCUGCUAGAUAAUCUGACAGAAAUGGAGCUCCCUAAUCUUUAUGGACUUCAUGGACCCACAAAUCAGUCAGAAAAUACUGCAGCCUUUACAUAGUGAAACUGAUUUUCCCAGAAAAUCUGAAGAUAUCUUAACUUUGGUCUGAUUUUAAAAGAGGGGAAACAAUUCAAGAGGGCCAAGCAACAUAGAAGAUUAUGUGAAACUUGUGUAUUAAAUACUUCACAUAUGUAUGUUUGUAGAAAAGAGUUGUAUGUAUAGAUGUGUAAU